AUGGAUAUCGGAGAGCCCAAGGCUGUCAAGGCCGAAGUGGUCAAGGGCAUGUCCCAGGUGUCCCUCAUCUUCGCCUGCGGUACGGCUCUCUUCUCAGACGGCUAUGCCAACGGUGUCGUCGGUGCCGUGAACUUGCUCCUCAUGACCGUCUACCCCGACUACUUCAACCUCACCAACUCCAACUUCACCAAGGUCCUCAACUCGCUUAUCUUUGCUGGCACCGUCUUGGGCAUGCUAACCUUUGGUAUCAUCA